AUGGAGACUGAAGUAGAGAAAGGUAUUGGCAAGGGCAUUGGCGGUGAAGGCAUAAGCAGGGCACCGAGCACAUCGGCCAGCGAGACGGUCAACGGGGAACAGCAAAACCGACAAGAGCAAGGUCAAUCGCAGGAUGAAGAUGCAAACCUGGUAUGGUGGGAUGGCGAUGAUGACCCUGAAAACCCCAUGAACUGGUCAACCAAGAAGAAAUGGUCGAAUCUGGGGCUGAUGUCUUGCGUCACCUUCAUCACCCCCCUUGCCUCGUCCAUGUUUGCUCCCGGUGUUCCCCAGGUCUUGAAGACGUUCCACACGACGAACAAUCUUGUAGCCACAUUUGUGGUGAGCGUGUACAUUCUAGGAUUUGCACUGGGCCCUCUCAUCAUCGCUCCCCUCAGCGAAAUGUACGGCCGCGUCCCCCUGUACUGGGCGGGUAACUGUGGAUUCCUGAUCUUCACUAUCGCCUGUGCCGUCUCCGAUAGCCUCGGCAUGCUGAUUGGUUUCCGUUUCCUGGCCGGCUGCUUUGGCGCAGUCUGCUUGAGCCUUGGAGCAGGCACGAUUGCCGAUGUCAUGCCGGUUGAGAAGCGCGGAGGAGCCAUGGCCAUCUUCUCAAUGGGACCCUUGCUGGGGCCUGUGAUUGGUCCUAUCUGCGGUGGAUUUUUGGUCGAGGCGAAGGGCUGGAGGUGGGUGUUCUGGCUCCUUGCCAUGUUGGGUGGAACGGUCACCGUCGCGUGCUUUAUCUUCCUCCGCGAGACGUACGCACCCACGCUCCUUAGGCACAAGGCGGCGCGUCUGCGCAAAGCUACCGGCAACGCGGCGCUCCGCAGCAAGCUGGACACGGGGGUGCCGCACCGGGCACUGCUUAUGCGGGCCAUCAUCCGGCCGACCAAGAUGCUCUUCCUCAGCCCCAUCGUGGGGCUGAUGUCGCUGUACGUCGCCGUGGCGUACGGCAUCCUGUACCUGCUCUUCACCACCUUCACCUUCGUCUUCGAGGGCCGGUACGGCUUCAGCUCGGGCACCGUCGGCCUGACCUACAUCGGCAUCGGCAUCGGCAUGAUCCUCGGGCUGGCCAUGGUCGGCAAGCUGUCGGACGCCACGCUGCGCAAGGUCAAGGCGUCGGGCGGCGCCAUGAAGCCCGAGCAUCGCCUGCCCUUCCUUCUGACCGGCCCGCCCGCCGCCUGCAUCCCCGCCGGCCUGCUCAUCUACGGCUGGACCACCGAGUACCACAAGCACUGGGCCAUCGCCCUGUUCGGCACCAUGCUGAUCGGUUUCGGCUUGCUCGCCUGCAUGAUGUGCGUGCAAACCUACCUCGUCGACGCCUACACGCAGUACGCUGCCUCGGCCAUGGCUGCCAACGCCGUGCUGCGCUCCGUCUUCGGCGCCGUCCUGCCGCUGGCCGGGCUCGACAUGUACAACGCCCUCGGCCUCGGCUGGGGCAAUACCCUGCUCGCUUUCCUCGCCCUGGCCCUGCUGCCCGUACCCAUCGUCUUCAGUCGGUACGGCGAACGCAUCCGCCAGAGCAAAUUCGGGCAGGUGAAGUUUGAUUGA